AUGGCUAAGACUGUUUAUUUAGCUUACAAGGGCAUCUUUUCCUCGCGUCUUGUCCCUCCUUCGAGCUCGUGGAUCUCAUUCGGCUCGUCGCGGUCUUUCGCUAUGGCUUCCACUCACUUGCCUAGUCCACUUCGUCCUUUUACUCUUGCGGACGAGUCUUGCCCUUUCAUUGUUCGUGGUCCUGCAGCUCUUCAGACGGCUCACAAUCCACUGGAUUUCGAGCUUUAUCGGAAUGUAUUCAAUGUUGAGGAACAAUCCAUCUGGGCGAAAUUCUUGCUAUCUAUUCUUGAUUCAAACAAACCUCCGGAUAGUUCUAAGACAAAGCCAAGGGAAAUUCCGGCAAAAACCAAAUCGGCUCCUGGAUUUAAGCCUGCGGAAUCAUACGAUUUUGAGCCCGGUGAACCUGGUAUGGUCUUGUCUGAUUAUCGAUUACAAGAGAUCUAUGGACUCGAUCAAUUUUCAGACCCACUCAUUCGACCCCUCCUCGAUCGUCUACUCGCUCUAAGGCCUCGUCCUUCAUCAAUCGUCGGUCAUAUCUUGCACCUCGGACCGAAUGGUCAAAUCGCACCUCACCUUGAUAAUCCUUGCGAUUCAGGACCCAUCUCGCUCUCUCUUGGUCUUGGUGGUCCAAAGGUGAUGCACCUUUUGGCGGAUGAAAAGGGUAAAGAUGUGGCCUACAAGAUCCUUCUUGAGCCUGGAAGCGUUUAUCUUCACCGAGACUCAGUGCGAUAUCGACUUUGUCAUGCAUUUCCACACCUUGAUGAGUUUUCAGGGAAGUUUGUGGGUGGAUCUCAGCGCUUAAGUCUCAUUCUCAGAUUGAAGAAUAUCCAUACCUGUUUUUUGUAUUCCAGGAUCAGAGCCUAG